GCAGCUCGGCGGCCACUCUGUUUUGAGGUCCUCGCCGCCCUUCCACGUCUCCCGGAAGAGCUAGCCGGCAGGUCCGGGAGCAGCCGGCUGCUGUGGCGGCCCGGGCGGGCGACGAGGCCGCGGCGUUGCCGCUCGGCGUCCUCAGGUUCAUCAGUAGGAUUACUUUGCUACCAUCAUGUCUUGGUUUGCUGAUCUUGCUGGAAGGGCCGAAGAUCUUUUAAACCGAGUGGAUCAGGGGGCUGCAACAGCUCUCAGAAAGGAGAAUACCAGCAACAUCUUUUAUAGCAAAAAUACUGACUAUCCUGAACUUCACCAGCAAAACACAGAUUCAACUUACCAGACGGGACAGAAAGCUAACUAUAUUUCCUCAGCUGCUGAUAACAUCCGACAUCAGAAAGCUACGAUCAUAGCUGGCACAGCGAAUGUGAAAGUUGGAUCCAGGACAGUCGGGGAUGCUGCCCAUCCCACUGAGCAUGCUUCUGUCCCAGGGCCUUCAUCCCAGUUUUUUCUGAGGACCAAAUCAGAGCCUGAUGAUGAGCUGCUAUUUGAUUUUCUUAACAGUUCCCCCAAAGAGCCCACUGAGACAGUGGAAAUCCCGAAGGUGAUGGGCAAAGCUCUUGUCUUUCCAAGUUCUCAGUCAUCAGUUGUCAGUUCUGUCAACACCAGUGUAACCACCAUCAAGGCCAUGGAAGAAAAUUCUGGGAGCCAAAGUCCUGAAGUGAGCAGUUCUGAGUCUGUGCCUGAAGCUCACAAGGAAUCCCCAGAGGGGAGCACAGCAUCAAGUGCUGCCAGCAUGGAGCACAGCUCUGCACCUAGUGAUGGAGGCAGGUCGCAAGAGCUGUCUAAUCUUCGACUGGAGAAUCAGUUGCUCAGGAAUGAAGUCCAGUCUUUAAAUCAGGAAAUGGCCUCAUUACUUCAGAGAUCCAAAGAAACUCAAGAAGAAUUAAAUAAGGCAAGAAUAAGAGUUGAAAAAUGGAAUGUUGACAAUUCAAAGAGUGAUCGAAUAACUCGAGAACUACGAGCUCAAGUAGAUGACCUUACUGAAGCAGUGGCCGCAAAGGAUUCCCAACUGGCCGUCCUCAAAGUGCGACUGCAGGAGGCUGACCAGGUGCUGAGUUCCCGCACAGAAGCACUGGAAGCCUUACAGAGUGAAAAAUCACGAAUAAUGCAGGAUCACAAUGAAGGUAGUAGCCUACAGAAUCAAGCUCUGCAAACUCUUCAAGAGAGGCUGCAUGAAGCUGAUGCCACUCUAAAGAGAGAGCAAGAGAGCUACAAACAAAUGCAGAGUGAGUUUGCUGCACGCCUUAACAAAAUGGAAGUGGAACGUCAGAAUUUGGCAGAAGCAGUUACCCUGGCAGAAACAAAGUACUCCGAGGAGGAGAAGAAGAAGGCUGAUGAACCCCAGUAGGAAGUCAAGCCAAGCAGCUCAAGCUUGGAGUCUGCUAAGCAGGAGUUAGUUGACUACAAGCAAAAAGCUACACGGAUACUCCAAUCUAAAGAAAAACUGAUCAACAGCUUAAAGGAAGGCUCAAGUUUUGAAGGCCUAGAUAGCAGUACUGCUAGCAGCAUGGAACUAGAAGAACUUCGGCAUGAGAAGGAGAUGCAGAAGGAGGAGACCCAGAAGCUGAUGGGCCAGAUACAUCAGCUGAGAUCUGAGCUACAGGACAUGGAGGCUCAGCAGGUGAGUGAAGCUGUAUCAGCACGAGAACAAUUACAGGAUCUGCAAGACCAGAUAGCUAAGCAGAGGACAUCUAAGCAAGAGCUGGAGACGGAGCUGGACCGAAUGAAGCAGGAAUUCCGUUACAUGGAGGAAGAUCUGCAUAGAACAAAGAACACACUGCAAAGCAGCAUGAAAGAUCGAGAGGAAGAAAUUCAAAAACUGAGGAAUCAGCUUACCAACAAAACUUUAAGCAGCAGCAGCCAGUCGGAGCUAGAAAGCCGACCCCAUCAGCUAAGGGAAACACUCAUCCAGAAGCAGACCAUGCUGGAGAGCCUCAGCACAGAAAAGAACUCCCUGGUCUUCCAGCUGGAGCGCCUUGAGCAGCAGGUGCAUUCUGCCUCCUCUGGGCCCAACAGUGGAUCUGCCAUUAACAUGUCUGGAGUCGACAGUGGUGAAGGGAUCAUUAUUCGCCUGGGAAUUUUUCUCAGAAGAUACCCCAUAGCACGAGUGUUUGUAAUCAUCUACAUGGCUUUGCUGCACCUCUGGGUCAUGAUUGUACUGCUGACUUACUCACCAGAAAUGCACCAUGACCAACCGUACGGCAAGUGAACGGAGCCACUGGUUCCCAUGAGUGCCUGCUAUUGUCCAGAGCCGGGAUCUGCAGAAAGAACAGCACUAAGACUGAUAGGAACCAUGCACAAGAUGGUUUCUUCUUGGAGAGCUUUUAAUCUUUUAACUUAUUUCUCUGGUGUCUGACUCUCCCCUAUUCCCAUAAGAGUCUCUAAAUGCAGACAGUAAUUUGACAAAUUAAGCUCGACUUUUUCUGAGUUCAGUUCCCUAGAUAUGUAUAGAGAAAGAGAGAAAAGGAGAUUUGGGGGUGUUCACCUCUGUACAGACCUUUCUAUAUUUUAGGUGACACUGAUUAUGGGUUAUAUAAUCAGGGAAACUAAUUGUAUUUAGGGAUAAAAAUAAAAAGAUUUCUUUUUUAAUAAUUUAGAGUGCUUUAUAUUUUCAUAUAUUU